CAUCGACUCGCCCCAAAACCCUAACCCUAGGCCUAUAAAAGGCAACGUGGCGGCGCGAUCUGGGUUCUUCCUUGUCUGGUCCUAGGGUUCGCGCGAGGUAUCGCCAUUUGCGAAGAGCAAACCCUACCCCUUCGCAAUGACGAAGCGCACCAAGAAGGCCGGAAUUGUCGGCAAAUAUGGUACCAGAUACGGUGCUAGCUUGAGAAAGCAGAUUAAGAAGAUGGAGGUCUCUCAGCAUGCAAAGUAUUUCUGCGAGUUUUGUGGAAAGUAUGCUGUGAAAAGGAAGGCAGUCGGGAUUUGGGGUUGCAAGGACUGUGGGAAGGUCAAGGCUGGUGGUGCUUAUACCUUGAACACUGCAAGUGCCGUCACCGUGAGGAGCACGAUUCGUCGCUUGAGAGAGCAGACCGAGGGCUGAUUCACUCUCUCUCUGGAUUUUAAUAGCUAUUGCAAUUUAGAAUGGAUGAAAAAGACUGUAGGUGAGUUUGAUCUUGUUUAGAGUCAAAUUUAUCAGUCCGCUGUAGUGUUUACUUUAUAUGUUUCUUUUUACGGAUUCUGCGGAUAUUCUGAGUCUCUUUCACAUCUGUAGCAUUGCGGAGUUCUAAAAGCAUUUACAAACUUGUUUUAAGUGGUUAUAUUUUCA